GCUGGGGCAGUGGAGUCAUCUCCGGCCCCGCAGCGGUCAGGGCAGCCUUUCCUGAGACAAAUGUCCCUUCAUAGCGAUUCCUGUUCACUCCCAAAGGCCAACGGCUCCACCAUGGCUGCUGGGAGUGAGUGAAAAGUAGGUUUUUAGAUUUGUUUGUGGCCAAAGGCAAACCGAGCAGGGCUGCAGCUGCCCAGGCCGGAGGCUCCUCAGGCCACGGCCUUGGAGCUGCCAUCCCCUCCGUUCACUUAGGAGAGUGGGGACGGUGUCAGGAGGGCAAUAUCCCCCCAUCUCAUCUCCAAAUGCCCUGGUGAACCCCUCUGGGGUGGAGCCAGGCCGCUGGCUGCCUCCUCAUUGCCUCUCCCUUGGCAGCAGCCAGGUAGUCAUGCCCAGCCUUUGGUUUGCUGCCUUCUCCUGUCGCUGGCUGCAACAAUGCUCUUGGCUGGACCAGCGCUACCUGAAUCCAGCCCUUUCUAUGUCUCUUGGGACUCGGCUGAGGGUGGCUGUCCUUGCAUCACCCCAAAAGCCUGCUGUAAAUGUAGAAGUGAUAAGAGCAGUCAGCUGGCUGGGAGGGGAGAGGAGGGAGGAGGAUGUGUGGGGAAAGUUGAGGGUCUCUGCCUCUCAACCUGCAGAGCCCUGCACUGGUCAGAGCUUCCCCUUGGACUAACCGGUCUUAACAGCAAGGUCCCGUUUCGAUCCUGCCAAGAUGGCACCCAAAAAGAAAAUCCCCAAGAAGCCCAAGGUGGAUAAAGAGGAUGCACCCAUCACCCCAGUGAUGGUGGAAGAUGCUUUGGUAGAUAUCGAACACCUUAAUCAUUUGAAUACUUUGUAUGACAGUGGCUCCGAUGGCUUCCACUGCACGGCCACGGAGGUUGAAGCACCGGACCAUGGAGCCAGCCUUCUGGAGGGGAUGAACCAGAUGUGCCAGAAGCGGUUCCUCUGUGAUCUCACCGUUGCCACCAAAACGAAGUCCUUCGAGGUGCAUAAACUCGUCCUGGCUUCCUGCAGCGAGUACUUCCACUGCCUGCUGCAGAGAGACCCUCAGCUGUACCAGGUGGAGCUCCACGACAUCUCCCCACUGGGCCUGACCACCAUCAUCACCUACGCCUACACGGGGAAACUGAGCCUCUCGCUGUACACCAUCGGCAGCACCAUCGCCGCAGCCACCCAGCUGCAGGUGCCGGCACUCCUGAACAUGUGCAGUGACUUCCUCGUUCGGGAGAUGGCCGUUGAGAACUGCGUGUACAUCGCCAACAUCUCGGCCACCUACAGCCUCAACCAGGUGAAGGACGCCACCCGGAAAUUCAUCCGGGAAAACUUCCUGGAGUUCUCCAAGACUGACCAGUUCAUGAAACUCCCCUUUGAUCAGAUCAAUGAGCUGCUGAAGGAUGAUGGCCUGCAGAUACCCAAUGAGGUUGCAGCCUUCCAGAUCGCUCUCAAGUGGCUGGAGUUCGACCCGAAACGGGUUCGAUAUGCUGCUGACCUCCUGAGCAACAUUCGAUUCGGCACAAUCUCAGCUCCAGACUUGAUCAACCAUGUGCAACCUGUGCCACGCAUGAUGCAGGAUCCGCAGUGCCACAAGCUCCUUGUGGAUGCUAUGAAUUACCACCUCCUCCCCCACCAGCAAAACAGCCUUCAGUCUCGGAGAACCAGGAUUCGGGGAGGCCAGAGGGUGCUUGUCACUGUUGGGGGUCGUCUGGCUUUGACCGAGAAGGCUCUUAGCAGGGAGAUCAGUUACAGGGACACAGAGGGAAACUGGAACAAGCUGACAGAGAUGCCAGCAAAAAGUUUUAACCAGUGCGUGGUGGUGAUGGAUGGAUUCAUCUACGUCGCGGGUGGCGAAGACCAAAAUGAUGCCAGGAACCAGGCCAAGCAUGCUGUCAGCAGCCUGAGCAGGUACGACCCGCGCUUCAACACCUGGUUGCACCUGGCCAGCAUGCAGCACAGGCGGACACACUUCAGCCUGAGCACCUGCAACGGGCUCCUCUACGCUGUCGGCGGGCGCAACGCCGAGGGCGCGUUGGCGUCUGUUGAAUGCUAUGUCCCCACCACCAACAGCUGGCAGAGCAAGGCAAGCCUGGAAACGCCCCGCUGCUGCCACGCCACCACCAUCAUCGAUGGCAAGCCCCUGGUCCCUGGCGUCUACACCAGCCACGCCUAUUCCCGUACCGUGUGCUGCUAUGAGCCCAGUGCCGACGCCUGGAGGGAGCAGGCAAGGCUCAGCAGCCCCCGGGGCUGGCACUGUGCAGCCACUGUGGCCGACCGAGCGUAUGUCCUGGGUGGGAGCCAGCUGGGUCCCCAGGGCGAGCGGGUGGACGUGAUGCCCGUGGAGUGCUACAGCCCACUCACAGGGCAGUGGAGUUAUGUGGCACCCCUGCCCACGGGGGUCAGCACGGCCGGGGUGGCUCUGCUGGAAGGGCGCUUGUGCCUGGUGGGUGGCUGGAACGAGAGCGGGAAGAGGUAUCAGAAACGUGUGCAGUGCUACAAUCCUGACCUCAAUGAGUGGGCCGAGGAUGAGGACCUCCCCGAGGCCACCGUGGGUGUCUCGUGCUGCACUAUCAUCCUCCCACGCUCCCUGAGCUCCAGGUCCCGGGCCAGCUCUGUGGCCUCGGCAGCAGCCAGCACAUAAAGAGCCUUGGGUGCCACGUGGCUUGUGCCAGCAGCUAGGGAAGGAGACAGAGCUGAGAAGUGUCGGAUAGCUGGAUGGGGAGGCACACUGAUGUUUGGAGUUGCUGCAAAGUCUCAAACACUUGUUCCAUCAUGGCAACUUUUGGGCUCUAGGAAAGUGUCUUCUGAGCUGCCUGCAUCUCCAUCCCAAAGCUCAAGCGGGGAUUGCUCAAGCAGGACAGACACAGAAACAAGCAGGACAGAAGAGCUUUUCUCCUCAGCGCACUGUAUCGCAGCGUGGAUUGGAAA